UUUUGAUGAAUUUGUUAGGAAAAACUGAAUAGGGGUUUAUCUUCCUCAGACAGUAGCAUAAUAAUGCUAAACCCUUUCAUCUCUUUGUCUACGCGUUUCCUCACUGUUCCAUUAUUCUCCGCCACCACUACCACCAGACCAGUUUGUGGUUGUAUGAGAAAAAUGACGGCUGCCGCUUCACCGCCACCAUUGUGCCCUAAAUUUGUUUCAGUCGAAGGUGCUGACAUUGUUUCAAGAAGCAAUCUUGAAGGCGUUAGAUUCAGCCUUGUCUCUUAUAACAUUUUGGCUCAGGUUUAUGUCAAGAGUUCUUAUUUCCCACAUUCUCCAUCUCCUUCACUCAAAUGGAAGUCUCGUUCAAAGGAAGUUUUAACUAUUCUCAAGAAUGUUGGAGCCGACUUCCUCUGCUUACAGGAGGUGGAUGAGUAUGAAAGCUUUUACAAGCAAAACAUGGAAAGCCAUGGUUAUUCCAGUAUUUAUAUUCAGAGGAGUGGGCAGAAACGUGAUGGUUGUGGAAUUUUUUAUAAGCACAAGCGUGCAGAGUUGCUGUUCGAGGAGAUAAUAGAGUAUAACGAUCUUGUGAACUCAGUUCAAGAAGAAUCAUGUUCACGUGGUGAUGAAGUUAUUGAAAGAGAUGCAAAUGGUGAUAAAAGUGGUGAAGCAAAGAACGGUGCCUCAUCAAAUAGUACUUCUGAGGAUCGUGGAGAUCCUAAUGAUCCUCGUGUAAGAUUGAAACGUGACUGUGUUGGAAUAAUGGCUGCAUUUAGACUAAAAAAUGCUUCUCGUCACGUUAUUAUUGUUGCAAACACACACCUUUAUUGGGAUCCAGAAUGGGCUGAUGUCAAGCUUGCCCAAGCUAAAUAUCUUAAAUUACGCUUAUCUCAGUUUAAGAUCCUAGUUUCAGACAAAUUUGAAUGUUCACCCUCUGUUUGUUUGGCGGGCGAUUUCAAUUCAACCCCCGGUGAUCAGGUUUACCAAUACCUUAUUUCUGGGAAUUCGUCGGUAGAUGAUGUUCAUAUACCCCUAUGUAGCGCCUAUGGUGAUACUAGAGGAGAACCGUCAUUCACGAAUUGCACCCCUGAUUUUACGGAUACGCUUGAUUAUAUCUUCUUUUCCCCUGACCAUAAAAUAAAAGCUGUCAGUUUGCUGCAGCUUCCUGAAGCAGAUUCUCCUGAUGUUCUUGGUGGAUUACCCAACUUCUACCAUCCUAGUGAUCAUUUACCAAUUGGUGCUGAAUUUGAAUUCUCCAUUGAAUAAAUAUAGUUUAUUGCACAACAAAUUGUCAAUUUUGUUCUUUUCCAUUUUUCUUAUGAAAUAAGGAUUUGCCUCUAUUUUUAA